GGUUUCAGAAACCAACCAUGUUGUAAAAGUACAAUAGCCAGUAUCCUAUAUAAAGAUAUGCUUCCCACCUACAGAUGAGACAAAUACGGCCCGAAAUUUUAGAAUCUUCUAACCUAACUUUGUACCUCUUUCACACGUAUAAUGUCUACUUCUCCUACCGCUGCUAAUCAAAUUUCCUGGAGAUUGCAAAAGCUCAAGGAAAGACAGCUUGCCGCCAAGAACAAAGCUGCUGGUGAUGCUACUACCCCUUCCCCAUCGGGCCUCACCAAGUCACCGAAGACUUUCCACUUGAAUGACACCUCUUCUACUUCCUCUCUUGGCUCCACCGACAAACGUGAUUCUAUUAUCGGCUCCAAGUCCUUCGCUACGUUGGAUACUGCCAGCUCUGCUCACAGCGAUGGACUUGGUGGUAAUGUUACCCGCAAGUUCAACCUCUCACACACCCGUGUUAACGAGUCAGAUAGUGAGGAUGAAGUCGCUUUCGUUCUUUACUAAGAAUACCUCCCGACUUCGAUUAAUGUCCCCUUCAAUAUCCUUGCUAUAUUAUUCAAAAUUGAUUAUUCCAUAACGCGUGUCCUUCUACAAUUCAUCUGUCCUCUCAUUGCUCUGCGCUAAUCCAAACCCACCCAAUAGCUUAUAUCGAUAUCCAGCCCAGAAACGUUAUGGAUUUCAUGACUCCACUCGUCUAAUCCCAGUCUCCACGAAAACGUUGGAACGAAACAGGACCCCCAAAACCUUUGAGCCCUCACACUGAAAAGGGCUUGGAAACACAAGAAGGUGCUCUUUAUUCCCCUUGAGACCCUCGCUUACCUCCGGUUUUCAGAUGUACCCAUGCCAAGAACCGUUGAAGUCUUGUGGUAUAAUAAAAAGUUAAGAAUAUUAUAUCUGAAUACUCCAUAACACAGCAGGCAUGUGUGAUUGCUGUAAAUAGCUAUAUAUAAUCAUAGACGGUUAAUUAAAACAAGAUCCCUG